AUGGUGUGUGACCCAAUCUCCUAUGAGCCCACCAUCUUCACCACCCUGUCUACACUGCUCCCCAUCCUCUCAUUCAGCUGCACUGACACAGACAACAUCACAAAAGGUACACAGUGUGUGUAUGUAACUGCAGAGGCGUCAUGUCCAUAUGUGGCACAGGGGCACGUGCCCCCUCAGAUUUGUCCUAAAAAUAAUAAUUAUAUACAUAUACUGUAUAUUUUUUAGUUUGUUUGUUUUUUCUCUCUCUGUAAUGCUUCUAGCCACUUAGCAAUUUUAUGAAGUUGGCUUUAGCUAGCCCAGAUUGGGAACCCAUUUCCCAACCUCAUAACUAGCUACCAAGAAGCCAUUUCAGGCUAUCAAUCAAGUUAGAGUAGCUAGCUUGUCUAACUAUCUUAGCUGGCAUGCCAGCUGGCAAGGUUGGUAGACUUUAGAAAAGCAAGCAAUAACUAAAUGUAUUGAAUAAGACUCACAUUCCUUUCAAUCUUUUACCCAGGUUAUAACAGAGUUUCAAAGAAGCAUUAUUACAGACAGCUCAAGAGGUAUGCUUAGAUAUGCAGAAAAUACAUAUUUUUUUCAAACAUAUAAUUAAGCAUAAUGAUUAUGGCUCUAGAUUACAUUGCAUGUGUUUGAAAAAUGCAAAAUUGCCCCCCCUCUGGGACACCCUCACAUUUUAGUCAUUUAGCAGAUGCUCUUAUCCAGAGCGACUUACAGUUAGUGAGUGCAUACACAUUUUUUUUUUUCAUACUGGCCCCCCGUGGGAAUUGAACCCACAACCCUGGCGUUGCAAGCACCAUGCUCUACCAACUGAGCUACACAGGGCCUUUGUGCCCAUUCAGACUUUUGGGGUACAUGAUGACCCUGUGUAACAGAGUUUAUUGUUUACACCAAAAGUCCGUUUAAGAUUUUUUGUUAAUCUAAAGUAUAUUAUGUGUUUGCAUGUUCUGCAUAUCUGACCAUGUGUGAUCUCGUUCAUGACAGGUGCUGCAGUGGACCGUUUUCUGAUGACCGGGAUGAGUCUGUUCUCCAGGAAUGUGUUCUCCUAUGUGGUGGAUGGGGUCUAUGACCACACCAUGUUUGAGGUCACCAUCUCUGUGUCUGAUGGCAGGCAUCACACGGAGGCUGUGGCCUACAUCUAUGUAGUCCCCUGGACCAACAGUGCUCCUACUACUACCACUACAGUAAGAUCAGCCCUGUAGAGACAUGGUACACACCACUGUAACACAGAGCUGCAUGUGAAGGAAAACCUUUUACAAUACAAGACUCAUAAUAUACUGUAUAAUCUCUCUGCUGUCCCUCCUCUAGGCCAAGACUCCACAGGUGGUCACUGUGAUGUCAGACUACUGGGAUCCAGAGCCCUGGUUUGUUGCCGUGGUUAUGGUUACUGGGGUCCUGCUCCUGUUGGUCACAAGUCUGCUCAUCUGGGCCAUACUUAGCCGGUGA